UGCAGGCGGAGGCGGGGCUACGAGGGGGCGAGUUUUGCGUCGCCGCGUCGGCAGCCACUUGCCGACCAUUUGGGAGUGUGCAGCCGACUGCUGGGCAUCGUGCUACCGUGCUAGUGUUUUGGAAGAGCAGCGGUGCUGAGAGUGCAGCAGGUGGGGUGCUUGCCUUGCGCGUGGCCAGCCAGGUUCCAUCUCCAGCCCGCCAGAAGUAACCCUUGAGCACCACCAGUUAAAAGUAUCCAUGGAGAACUCUGAAAUCUCAGUGGAUGCGAAAUCCGUAAAGAAUUCAGAAGUGAAGGUCAUUCAUGGCAGCAAGUCGGUGGACUCUGGAAUAGCCUUGGACAACAGUUACAAAAUGGACUAUCCUGAAAUGGGCGUGUGUUUAAUAAUUAAUAAUAAGAACUUUGAAGGCCAAGGAAUGUCGACUCGGACUGGUACAGAUGUAGAUGCAGCAAGACUCAAGGAAACAUUUACUAACUUGAAAUACGAAGUCAGGAUCAAAAAUGAUCUUACCUGUGAGGAAAUUAUGAAAUUGCUGCACAGCGCUUCUUUAGAAGAUCAUAGCAAAAGGAGCAGUUUUAUUUGUGUGUUUUUAAGCCAUGGUGAAGAAGGAACUAUUUUUGGAACAGAUAAACCUAUUGAGCUGAAGAUCUUAGCAGGUUUUUUCAGAGGAGAUUGUUGCAGAACUCUAACUGGAAAACCGAAAAUUUUCAUUAUUCAGGCCUGCCGAGGUACAGAACUCGACUGUGGAAUAGAGACUGACAGUGGUUCUGAGAGUGACAUGACGUGUCAGAAGAUUCCGGUGGAAGCUGACUUCUUGUAUGCGUAUUCUACAGCGCCUGGUUACUAUUCUUGGCGAAAUUCAAAGGAAGGAUCCUGGUUCAUUCAGUCGCUUUGUGAUAUAUUGAAGCAGUACGCUGACAAACUUGAGUUCAUGCACAUUCUUACUCGGGUCAACCAAAAGGUAGCAACAGAAUUUGAGUCCUAUUCUCUGGAUAUAACUUUCCACGCGAAGAAGCAGAUUCCAUGUAUUAUGUCUAUGCUCACAAAAGAACUGUAUUUUUAUCACUGAAGAAAAGAAUAAGGGUUUUAUGGUUUGUCUGUACACCAAGGUAGGAAACGGUCUGAUGGAUACUGUAUUUUCAUUCCCUCUCAUUUAAAUCUGAUCUAAUACUCGAGAUGGUACUUUGAAUCAUGCAAUUUUCAUAGCAAUAAAACUACUAUAAUACUACCUCAAAUUCAAAAUCAGGUAGUUGAAAUUGAAUUUUCACAGGAAUAAAUUAAAAUGGUACAAUCACUAUGAGAGGAAAUAAUUGGAAAUUAAAAUGGUACAGUCACUAUGAAUUGGAAAUUAGCAGUUCUCAAAACUAACAAGUUUUAGGGAGGUUAUGUUAUGAAUUUUCAAGCGAUUAUGAAAAAGUUGAUGUCUACAGUAAUGAAUUUCAAAGACGUGAUAUGACAGUUAAGAGUUUGCAUUCUUGUCAUUGUCAAAUCACAGAACCAGUGAUGUGGAAUGUUGUCUCCUAGAGCUAGGGGAUCCAUGGGCACCGCUGAUGGCCUAAAGACCUUGAUACUGGAUAUGGUAUUUGGAAGUGUUAACUGUGUAUUUAGAUCAUUUACCUGAGCCCAUCAAGACACAUACCAUGAAGUCAUGGGCUCAGGUCACUGUCACUGUCAUCCUGUUGCUCAUCGAUUGAUUGGAGUGGGCACCAGUAACGUCUCUCAUGGAGAGACUUUUUGUUACUGUUUUUGGCAUUUAUUGGAUAUGGAUAUGCCAAAAACAGUAAAAAAAAGUCUCUCCAUGAGAGACAAUACUGAUGCCCACUCAAACAAAUCGAUGAGCAACAGGAUGACAGACAGUGACAGUGACCUGAGCCUAUGACUUCAUGGUAUGUGUUUGAGCAUGUCUCUGUUGUGGAAAAUAACGUUUCAUAUUGAAAAAGAAACUAAAUUGGUUUACUUGAUACGGUGUGGGCAAACUGAGUUGAUCCGAGGUUCAUAAAUUCAGCAGAGAGGGACAGAGUGGCUCUAAUAAGCUGCUGAAACAUGCAGCCAUUCCACCAGCAUGCGGAGCCUCUCUGUUGCCAAUAUAUGAGUUUACACACCAGCACAAUAUCUAGAGAACUGUUAGGUCACAACCUCAACCCCUCCACUGUUAUUCGAGCCAGUAGCAGCAUGAACUGGAGACUUUCUACAGAAAGGGUUUAAAGUACAACUCGGGUAAUCCAGAGAGAAGGAUGAGAGAACCAGCACUGCACAGUCCUUGGAUGGGACCACCAUCUACUCGCACAUUUCUGCAUCUGGACUGGUACGAGGAGGAUGCCCCCCGGCAGGACUCCCACACAGCCGUAUCAGAAAGUUCAGAUGUGGACAUGUCCCAAAGAGGAUCAGACACGGGAAGCACCCAUUCUCUCAUUCGGAACCUGUGAAGUUCCUCUCUGUGGAAGUUUACAAUCCAAGGAAAACGAUGCUGUUACAGUUUGGUACAUCAUCCAAAUGCAAGGACUGCAGCACACAGACCAGAAGAUCAUCUGCCCUGCCCCCUCCUUUGGUGCUCGGGGGGCAGACAGAAAGCAGCGCCCAGCUGCCUCAAGGUCUUGCAUGGUCACCCCAUGUCACCCCACCACCAUAUCUCACUGGUGUUGGGUUUCUCUUCCUUACAGAUAGAAGCUCGUAUUUAUAAGUGAUGGUUUUUGGUUUAGACUCUAAUUUUCAAAGUAAACGAGGCAUGUAAUUAUCUUGAGCCGUGUUGUUGUGGAAUCAUGUUUUUUAAGAGUUGCUGAUUUUUUUUUAAUUUCAAAAUAUAAAAUUACCACCAAA